CUUAUUUACGUAAUUUUAAUGCAUGCAUACUGUUCAGAAGAGGACACUGAAUCGAAUGUCCUUGUGUCUUCUCAGGUACCCAAGUGAUGCAGAUAAACAUUUGUUGGCUCGACAGACUGGUCUAUCAAGAAACCAGGUCUCAAACUGGUUCAUUAAUGCUAGGGUUCGGUUGUGGAAACCAAUGAUAGAAGAAAUGUACCAACAAGAGGCUAAAGAAGAGGCACGGGACCAAACCACCAGCCCCACCGCCACCUCCACCACGACAGAGGCGGCAGCCACCACUGUUACCACCUCAGCACCACCAACAUUUACUCAGUCUAGCCAAAGAUCAGAAAUCUAU